CACGCGGCCUAAGAAGGAAAAAGGAAGGAAAAAAGAAGACUCUUAUCAGUGAGUAGGUACUUUCAGGUAACUACCGUACCUACGAUACCGGUAUUUGCUUUUUUAACACUUGCAAGAUGCCCGGAUGGCGAGACACCCAACGCAACAACACAACGCAACAGACAGAACAAAAUAAUGCCCUCGCCCGUACGAGUACAAUACAACAGGCAGGAAGCGGCGUCCCCUCCGCACUGCACUCUAUGUACGAGCACAUACAACAGCUGCAACAACCCCGCGGCGGGAGGCACGCAGGAUCACUCGCGUCUUGGCGAUAACGACCCCCAUGCCCGCGAAUGGGGAGGCGGGGCUGGCCGAUUGUACGAUAGGUACUCUAUCUACCCAACUCCGGCGCAACACGUUCCGGGCCGUGAGCAGAAAACAUGCCCUCGUUCGUUCGACCUGCCCCGCCAUGAGCAAUUGCGACUCGCGAGCAAAACUGCGCACUUCGGGGGUCAGCCUUCAGGUCUGCAAUAUGGAUUGAUGGAUUGUGUGUGCGAAUCGCUUCGAAUCGCACCGCAUUGGUUGGUCGGACAACACUGUCGUGGUCAUACCCACCGUACCGGUAUGUACCUAUUGGUUUCUUUCUUCCCGCAACGAAUCAGAAUCAUAUUCGGUCGGCGGCGGCGGAGUCUGUGGCUCUUGCUUCCAAUUGCUUACUUGCCCGCUCGUUCGUUCGGUUGCUGUUGUCCCCAGGCAUGUACCGCCGAUACCGCUGUAGAUAUGUGCCAAUCAGCGGCGGGUAGCCACUCGACACGCUAACUACCAGAUGCCAUUUAUUUCUUCUGAAUGCGUCGUUAGUUAACAAGUACAUGUUAGUUCGGGUUCGAUUGCGGGGGAAUAAUAUCGUCUCCAUGUACUCUGCAUACAUACGAGUACAUAUCUACAGUGUGCGGUGCGGUGCGAUAAGCUC